UUAGACAUUAGUACGAGUUGGUCAACGAGUUUGUGUGGAGGAUGUUACGCAGGACGGGCAAAUCGAAACCGGCGAGUGAAUUGGAAUCGGGGCCAAGUUGGGGUGUUCAUCAUCAGCCAAUGCCUUUGUCUCCGACGAGACCGGCCACGCUUCCGCGGACGAGAGGCAGAAAAUGCCGCGCUCCAGCGAUACCGCCACCCGAACACAACUAUGGAUUGGCGAAAGUGGGUCGUUCGGCGAUAACGACCGGAAUGGCGACGUUCCAUCUCCAUCAUCCGCGGAGAAAGUUCCACAUGCCUUGUAAAGGCAGGCUCAUCCUGCCGACAGGCGAAGACGAGGUUUACCACUGGCAAUCGCACAAUGUCAGGACGUCCGGCGUGGACGACAUGGUGUUGCUCUCGCGAGUUACAGAAGAUGAAAUCGUCUCCAAUUUACGUAAACGCUAUUUGGACGAUCAAAUAUUUACGUACAUCGGCCCAGUCCUCGUCUCAGUCAACCCAUUCAAAAACAUGCCUUACUUCACCGACAAGGAAAUUGAGCUUUACCAGGGCGCUGCUUCGUAUGAAAACCAACCACACGUUUAUGCUUUGGCAGAUAACAUGUACCGCAACAUGUUAAUCGACGCUGAGAAUCAAUGCGUUAUCAUCAGUGGCGAAUCUGGUGCGGGUAAAACAGUUGCGGCUAAAUACAUAAUGAAUUACAUCGCUCGGGUAUCGGGGGGUGGCGACCGCGUACGCCACUUAAAAGACGUCAUACUCGAGUCCAAUCCACUCCUGGAAGCCUUCGGCAACGCAAAAUCGGUUCGCAACAAUAACUCCAGCCGCUUCGGAAAAUACGUGGAAAUUCAAUUCUCAACGGGAGGCCAGCCGGUCGGAGGCAAGAUCUCAAAUUUUUUACUGGAAAAAUCCCGCGUCGUCAUGCGCAGUCGCCAAGAAAGGAGCUUCCAUAUUUUCUACCAAUUAUGCGCUGGAGCCGACUCUCGUAUGGAAGAGCAAUUGGGGCUGGCCACUCCGGAGAAUUACGCCUACCUCAACCAGAGCGGCACUUACACAGUCGAAGGCACUAACGACGUUCAAGAGUUUCAAGAAACCAUUAAAGCCAUGUCCGUCGUGGGUCUAAGCGCUCAAGAACAACAAAACGUUCUGCAAUUGGUAGCCGCCAUUCUACACCUGGGCAACAUUUCAUUCACCGAGGACCGUAGCAAUUUCGCCAGCGUCCAUGAUGACCGAUAUUUGGAUUUCCCGGCUUUCUUGUUAGAAAUCGAUGCAGUGGCAUUAAAAUCAAAGCUGACCGGUCGCAUAUUUGAAAGCCAUCGCGAAAAAGUCAACAUGACCCUCAACGUCGAACAGGCCUGCUAUAGCCGGGACGCCUUGGCCAAGGGAUUGUACAGUCGAAUGUUCGAUUUCCUCGUUCAGAAAGUAAACACUGCCAUGGUAACGACGACGCAGGGCUACAGCACUGGCAUUUUGGAUAUUUACGGCUUUGAAAUUUUCGAGAAAAACGGAUUCGAACAGUUCUGCAUCAACUUUGUCAACGAGAAAUUGCAGCAGAUCUUCAUCGAACUGACUCUCAAAGCCGAACAGGAGGAAUACGUGCAAGAAGGCAUCAAAUGGACUGCAAUCGACUAUUUCAACAACCAAAUCGUCUGCGAGCUGAUCGAAGGCCGUCGACCUCCUGGCGUGCUGGCCAUCCUAGACGACGUGUGUGCUACGCUCCACGCAGUCAGCGAAGGUGCCGACAAUGACCUCAAACAGAAAUUAUGCUCCAGUGUCGGCAGCCAUCAGCAUUUCGAGUCGUGGAAGUCCGGCUUCACGAUCCACCACUACGCCGGCAAAGUCAGCUACGAAGUCGAGGGCUUCUGCGACCGCAACCGCGACAUUUUCUUCAACGAUCUGAUCGAAUUGAUGCAAAAUUCCAAAAACUCGUUCAUACGCGGUCUGUUUCCCGAAGUGCUGGCCCCUAACUCGACGAAAACGCGUCCCACAACGGCCGGUUCCAAGAUCAAGUCGCAGGCCAAUCAGCUCGUUGAGGCUCUCAUGAAAUGUACACCUCACUAUAUUCGGUGCAUUAAACCAAACGAGACCAAAAGGCCGCACGACUGGGAAGAGGCGAGAGUCAAACAUCAAGUGGAAUAUCUCGGCCUGAAGGAAAACAUUCGUGUCAGGCGCGCCGGAUUCGCCUACAGACGACCGUUUGAAAAAUUCCUCAAAAGGUAUGCCAUUAUCAGCAAACAAACGUGGCCAGCGUGGAGAGGAGACCCACGGGCUGGAAUCAAAAUCGUCAUGGAAGCCGUCAACAUGGAUCCAGCCGAAUAUCAGCUGGGCAAAAGCAAAGUUUUCAUCAAGACGCCUGAAUCGCUGUUCCUGCUGGAAGAAAUGAGAGAACGCCGAUACGAUCAUUACGCGAGAGUCAUUCAAAAAGCGUUUUGCCGUUAUUUUGCACGUCGACAGCGCCAGAAACAACGCGAACAAGCAGCCGAAAUCGUGUUCGGGAAAAAGGAGCGCCGUAGGUUUUCGCUUAACCGCGGUUUCGUCGGCGAUUAUAUUGGUUUGGACAAUCAACCUGCUCUGCGCGCUCUGGUGGGUAAACGAGAAAAAAUUGAAUUCGCCGAGACCGUCCUCAAAUACGACCGACGAUUCCAGGCUACCAAACGUGAUCUCAUUUUGACUGGGAAAACCGUCUUCCUCAUCGGUCGUGACAAGGUCAAAAAAGGACCAAAGAAAGGGCAGAUUUUCGAAGUGGUCAAACGAAGGAUACCAAUCGAUACAAUCAGACAAAUUUCAACAAGUACAAAGCAGGACGAUUUCCUCGUUUUGCAUGUGAACAAUGAGUAUGAUACACUCAUCAGGUCCAUCUUCAAGACAGAGCUGUUGUCUACCCUUAAUCGAAAACUGAAAGAGAACUUCAACAGAGUUCUCACCAUGAACUUCACCGACAACAUGGAGGUUUCCAUCAAGAAGGAAGGAUGGUCUGGUGGUGGAUUCAGGAUGGUAAAAGUGAUUGCAGGAAAUGGCGAAGAACCAAUCUUGAAGAUGUCUGGAAAAACCUUGCUCGUCUCAAUUGGACCUGGAUUACCAAACACAAUGAGACCAUCUCUUCGAUUGGAACCUGAUAACGAGACACUGGAGGUGGCUCGUCGUGUGGUCACAGUCGUGAAUUCCAAGACAAAGGGAAUCAACAACAACAAUCAUAUACCUCAAAGUCAGCAAUCAAAAAGGAUUCAUGCACAAGGAAGGGCGCCAAAUUCAGUCAAUCAAAUCAGACCCACGAGAAACGCACCAGCUGCACCUUCAAAUCGCGCUCCAAGUAUUGCACAAGGAAAUCCCAAUCCGGCUGCAAGAAACACUAACUGCUACGUGGAGCCACCUGGCGGUCUUAAAAAGAACCCUUCCUUCAAUCGUGCUUCCCGCGCUCCACCGCCGCCGUCUCAUCCUCCUCCGGCAAAUCAGCCGGUCGUACGCCCAGCUGUACCUAACAGUCAAGGAGGAUUCCGACUUCCCAAUCCAGGAGCAUUUCGAUUACCGACUACCAAUCCAGGAGCAUUUCGAUUACCGACUACCAAUCCAGGUCAACAACAAAGGCAACAGCAUCCGCAGACGGGGCAUCCACGCAACAGCGGUGCAUCAUCCACGGUGACGUCACAAGCCAGCGGCGGAGGCUACACCGAUCCACAACGGCAACAAGAUUUUAUGCGAACGCCGGACCCGGGUGUCAGCGGGGUGAAAAGGGCAAGCCUACACAAAUCGCAAGAGCUGAAGCAGAUUCAACCCGCACCUCGAGCACCGGCCAAGCCUCGAAUUGAACCGAAACCUCCAGCACUAGCCAAAGCUCGGGCCUUGUACGUCUACCAGGCUCAAGACACGGACGAGUUAAGUAUGGACGUCGGUGAUAUCAUCGAAAUCAUAUCAGAAGAUCCUUCGGGAUGGUGGCAGGGUCGACUGAGGGGCAAGCAAGGACUUUUACCUGGAAACUACGUCCAAAAAUUGUGAUGUGGGCCAACAGAUAACAAAAAGACACACACACACACAAACCAAAUGAAGCCCAAAAAAAAAGAAAAAAAAAAUUUGCAUGCCCUUUUUUUUUUCUAUUUCUAAUAUUCCCCGCGAGAGCAAUGAAAUUUUAAAGCAAGGUUGUUCCAAACUCCGAUUCACAUACAUAGCUCCUUUACCGAUUUUUCUAUACAUCCCAUAAAAAAUAAAUAAAAAUAUCGUUGUACCUUUUUCUUGAUUGAACGCUGAUUCUUUAGUAUAUAAUGAAAAUCUAUUUGAAUUUACACGAGCGCCAAGUCGAGUCAAAAUAGCCGGUCGAAGCGGAUAACAUUCUAAACGACUCUUAUGUUUAUUUGUCAAUUUUCUUUUUUCGUCUAUUGUUUUUUAUUGUUGCAAUUUCGACUCGUUAACUUUUUUGUUGGUUAUACAUUCUGAUAAUAAACUACGACUUGAUUGGAGUAAAA